AUGAUUCCAAUUGCACAUCCAAUUGCCGAUGAGGGCACGGCAAAUAUGGUUCUUGAAUGUACCAAGAAGCAACUUGAAAAUGGUGGUCUCAUCAGUGGAAUAAAGCAGUGCCAAAAACACAUCCUGAAGGGCGAGUCUUCCAAAGCACUGGUAGUAUUAAGUGCAUCUACAUCCCCCAUGGAUUUAAUAACCCACAUUCCUAUUCUUUGUGAAGAGAGGAAUAUUCCGUAUUUGUUUGUUGAAAAUACUAGCUAUAUGAACGGGUUUACAUGCAUAGUUUUGAACAAUGGCAAGGAAGAAUGCAGCUUGGUUUCAAAGAUAAUAGAAUGGAUAAGUAAAAGACGCAAAUAA